AUGUACGAGCAAAUGAAGAAGCUUGCUAAACAGCAUAAGUCAGAUGAAAAGGAACUUGAAGUUUUUAAAACUGGAGGAGGCAAUUACAUCUUAAAAGUAACUAGUCAUGAUGACAAAGUCUUAAGUAUGUUGGAAGAAAAUUUUUUCACAAUUCCGAACAAUUUUGAUUCGAACACUGCAGAAAAUGUGGCUGGACCAAGCCGUAUUCAACCAAUGAUGGUGGAUAUUGGAAAUAGAAACGAGAAUAUUAUGAUAGAAUUAGUUAUUUUAUUGUUCACUAUUGCAGUCCUUGCACCUUUAGAUUCCAAUUUGGUGCCUAACGGUGCAGCAGCUGCAUUAGCAGCCGGCUGUUAUUGCAGUUGUUGGAUCACAACUUCACUUUUAUCGAUGUUGGCGGGCAUGGACUGUCAUAACAAUCCUAUUUGUUUUAUCAAAAAAGCAUAG